AUGCCCGCAAAGAAACUAAUUUCUGAUGAAAACCUGAAAUCAAUACUGAGGAAAUGGAGGCAGCAUGCUGCUGACAAGCGAUUACUUAGGGAGCAGAAGAUUGCUCUUGCUGUUGCAGCAUUGUGUUCUCUAUCACUUGGCCCACCAGUUCAUAAAAGUACAACGGUGUCUAAGCUAGCAGUUGAAGAACUAGAUAUUGGCCACGCCUUUAAAGAAAGACAAGCAAGAAAGCAAAGGUCCUGGUCACGGCUAAAUGUUUCGGAGUUGUCUGGUCCCAUUCUAAAUGAAAAUAACCCUGAUGCUAGAUGCCUCUGCUGGAUGUUGCUUGUACUUGUUCCACCGGGCCUAUCAAUUUGGACAGAGUGGAUCAGUUUUCCAAAUGCAUGUUGUUUGUCUGUUGUUAGGGCCAGCGAUCAGCAAGUUAUUGAUAAUGAUAUUGCUAACAGUACAAGCUGUAUAGUAUUUGUAGUGUCUGAAAGCAUUUCAUGGGAAAUGCAGAAGGAACGGUUUAACAGUCUUUUAGCCUACAUACCAGAUGAAUCCAAUCUUCCCUUCUGAUUUUCAGUGGCGAUACAUAUAACGAAGGAUAUGAGUAUGCGUCAAAGUACAUCAUCAACAGGCUUGGCCUCAAUGGUCUUAACAGAGGAAAGAUCGGUUCGUCUUUGGUUAUUUUUCUUAUUGAAAACUACAUAGAAGACCAUGCCAAUGGUUUCUUUGAUGAUAACAAACUGCGUGAGGGCCUGAAGUGGCUGGUAAGUAGUUUGCCAGUGCAGCCUGAUGUCACUCUUGUGAAGACCCAUGAAUUGCUUCUGGAAUACUUGAAUCCAUAACUUGAGCUGCUUAACACCCAUGUUGCACCUGGAGUUGGUCCUGGCGAUUGCAUUUCAGUAUUCAACAAUGCUGUCAAUCAACUUGCAGAAGAGAUUUUGGCUGCAACAAACGCAAACUGUAGCCAAUGGCCAGCUCCCGAGAUUGAUCUUCUGGAGAGAACAAGCAAUGAGAGGAUAUAUGCAGAAAUGUUCUUGCCUAGCAUUGGAUGGUCUUCGCCAUCAAGGAUCUAGCCACUGCUUGCAACCAUUAAUAGCUGCAAGAUUCCAGAGUUCAGUUACGAUCUAUCUUGGCUAAACCAUGGUUCUCACAUGGGCAAGCAGAUCCAGGAUCAGAAGAAGUUACUUGAGGAGUGCUUGCCGAGAUACUUGACCGAAUCAGCCCGGCUGUUAGAUGAAAGCCAGGUGGUCACCGAAGUGAAUGUUAUGGUGCAGAAUUGUGUUGGCCUUGAACUCCGGGAUUCAUCUUACUAUCUCGCUCCCAGAUGGGUGGCGAUCUUCCGUCGUAUUUACAACUGGAGGCUAGCAAAGCUCUCUACCGGAAAGUUCUCAGAAGCUUAUGUUCUGACUCAGCACCUGUAUUAGGCUCCUGCAGCAGCUGGCUC